GAUGAUGCAAAAUGUCAAAACUGAGCGCCAAAAUUGUUUACACUUCCAUAUAAUAAUUGCAAAAAGAAAAAAUUUAUCGAACUCUUGGAAAACAUUGAAAUAAUUAAAAAGUUAAAAUGUACGAACGUAGUUCUUUGCGUUAUGCUCAUACUACGGGCUUUACAAGUUUAAUUUAUACGGAUAAUGGAGAAUUUAUAUUGACAUGUGGUUCCGAUGGUGAUAUUCGUAAAUGGCGUGGCAUUGAUGAUGAUGACCCUUCAUCAAACUGUUUGGGAGAAUACAUUGUGUGUUUGGCUCAAAAAGGAGACAAGUUGUUGGCGUCUACAGAUCGCAAUACGGUACAGGCUUACACUUUCCCAGAUAUGGACAUCGAUGGUACAUUAAUGCGAUUUACGGCGCCAGUUGUAGCUAUAAAGGUGAGAGAAGAUUGUGUGGCGGCUGGUUCCGAAGAUACCAAAAUAAAAGUAAAAAAUGGAGACCUUGAACCGAUUGAAUUAGAAGGACACAAAGGUCCAGUGCUGGCAUUGGAUAUACAUCCAAAAUUAUUGUUCUUGGCUUCUGUUGGUGGCGAAGGCGUUCUCAAAAUCUGGGAUCUUAAAGAAUCAAAAGAAUUAAAAACAAUUACUGGUUUAACUAAAAGCAACAGUUUUGAAAACGCAAAAUUUUUUGGUAGCCCAUGUUUUGAGCCAAGCAAUGGCAACAGUCUCGUGUAUGUUAGUGGUAAAGAAGUUUGUGUAUUGAGUACAUCUACGUGGGAAAUGCUAUACUCCCUCACAGACGAGAAAAUUAAGGGAGAGUAUACAUGUUGUCAAUUUUCUAUGGACGGUUCGUUCUUAGCAGCUGCUACUGAUAAGGGAGAGAUUUCCAUAUUUGACUUCAACAGCAGACAGGUUAAAAAAUGUGAAGCUCCGUCUAGCGAAUGUCAAAGUAUAACAUGUUUGGCUUGGAAUAGCAAAAGUAAUGGUGAAAUAGCAUACUCUGAUGCUUCAGGUCAAUUAGGUGUAUUGUUUUCUACGGACGAUGCUCCAGAUGAGGAAAACCUGGAAGGAGAUACUAACGAUAUCGACAAUGUUUUUGGAGAAAUGGAUUUCGCUGAAGAUGACUCCAAAAGCAGUGAUAAGAGAAACCUAGGCAAUGAUGAUAAUAUCGACAAUGACGGAGAUGACGACGAUGCUGUAUCUAUAGAGAAAUUAAAAAGUAAAAUUAUGUCUUAUGCUAACGGAGAUAUACCAUGCGAUGAUGAGACCAGAGAUUCUAUUGAAAGAGCACGUUCAGAAAGUCCAUCAAUAUCAGGGGCAGCCUACAGUAAAUCAUUUAAACAACAAGUGACUUUUCAGCCCAGUUCAACUCCCGUCCACUUGGAACAUCGCUAUUUAGUAUGGAACACUAUUGGUAUAGUAACAUUGCACGCCGAUGGAUCAGAUGGAGCUAUAGAUGUUGAAUUUCACGAUGCCAGUGUACAUCAUUCCUUGCAUAUUCCAAAUCAUAAUAACCAUAAUAUGGCAAGUCUGAGCUCCUCAGUUUUGGCUAUGGCAUCAGAAACUUCAUCAAAAAUAGUGUGCAUAGCUUUAUCGGAUUCUGGAAACCGAGAGUGGUCCGUGCAAUUGCCGGAUUGUGAGAGUGUGGAAGCUAUAUGUGCAACAUCAAAAAUGGUGGCUGCAAUUUCAAAUUUGCAAUACCUGAGAAUUUUUACAGUGAUGGGAACGCAAAGAGAAAUUAUUUCGGUACCAGGACCGGUAGUAUGUGUGGCAGGAUAUGAAGAUCGUAUUUUAGUUUGCUACCACAGUGCUCCAUCGAGCGAGAAGCAGCAAAAUAUACACGGAAUGUUAUUGCAAUCAACAAGCUUAAAAAUAAAGUGCCAAAACAUAACAAUACCUCUGACGCCGGAGAGGCAAUUGGCUUGGCUGGGCUUUUCUGAUUGCGGUUCCCCAGUUUUUUAUGAUUCAAUGGGUUUGGUACAGUUGUUUAAUCUCAAAUCUAAUUGUUGGUACCCAGUUUGCGACACAAUGAAGCAAUCUUCAAGUGUCUCAAACAAUUAUUUUAUGAUUUCUCUUUCAGAGAGGUCGCAAAUUCUUCAAGCCGUACUAUGCCGCGGUACUUCAUAUCCUAUGACUACUCCUCGUCCAAUGAUACAGGAAUUGCCAUUGCAGCUGCCUCUUUGUGAUGUAGAAAGUGAAAAGUCUUCUCUAGAAGAUUCUUUGUUACGUGCAACCAUAAUGUCAAUGGAUAACGCCGAAAAAACUGUUAAGGAGACGGCUAUAAAAUUAUUUGCUCUGGCCUGUCGCAGUGAAAUUGAAAUACGUGCAAAAGAACUAAUAGAAACCAUAGCUUGUACAGAUCUGCUAAUGCUGGCUGUAAAAUAUGCGACAAAAUUAGGUAGAAUUCACUUAUCCGAUAAACUGUUGGAUCUGAUGCCACAAUUGGAAGAAGAGCAACAAGCAAGAGAACAUGAAGAACAAUUAGUUGAGCAAUCACUACCAGCAUCACCUCUCAUCUUGUUAAAAGCCUAUCAAAAUGGCUCCAUAGCGAAUUCCAAAAAAAUAGCACCUAAGUUAAUGGAUUUGGGUUCAGCAAAAAAAACUACUUUGAAAAGGUUUUCAUAUAACAAUUCACCAUCAAUAUCCUUGUUUAAAAAAUCUGCAAACGAACAAUUGUUGCCAACUUCAUCAGAAACAUCCCAAGAGAAUGUUUGUACUUCUGAAUUAGAUUCUCAAUUAUCAAAAAUAUCAUCGAAGGAUGAUGAAUCUACUAUAAAACGGACACCUUUAAAUUCCGCAAAUCCGUUUGCUUCUAAACGCAAAAUUUCAGAUGUUGAUAAAACCAUAUUAAUGGGUUCUGACAAAUUGAAAAUCGCUAAAAAAUGAAACGUUUCGCUAAAAUUUUAAGAUUAAUAUUAAGAAUUGUAUGUAUUAAAAUAAAGAAAUCAACGCUUUUAUUCAAUUCAAA